AUGCGCACUCAAAAUGCAUUGUCGUGGUCUCAGGAAAGUGCAGAAGCACAUGAGAUGCGGCUGUCAAUUGACCGAGAGCGCCAUGCUAAGUCGCGCGCGUCAGAGACGUUCACGCAGCGAGAGACGAGGUUAUGUUUGCAGCGGAGCCGCGCUUCUUUUUCUCGGUCGAUUGAAGACGAUGAAGAACGGGAGACCCGCUUAAGAAGAGACCGCUCUCAGCAUGCCCUGUCACGUUCUUUAGAGACAGAUGAGCAGCGUGAAGAACGUCGUGCAGCUGCUCGGCAGCGGUACCACGAACUGCUUGGAGAUGCGUCUACUCAUCUAUCACAAGAACGGGACAGAAUUCAAGAGAUUCGGGGAACUUGGUCGGACGAACAGCGUGCGGCACAAGUAGAACAAGAUCGCCUGCGUCGUAACGUAAAUCAGCUUUCAACAUCUGAUGAGGAAUCCACGGUUUACGAUAUCGAAGAGCAACCAUGGCUAAACAAAGAGGGAAGUGGAUUUAUGUACAAUGUUGCGAUUAACUACGCCGCUUAUGGCAAUAUUGGUGCCUUAGAAGAAGUGUGUGCUCACUGCCAAGCACGCAAAUGGAAAGGGGAGCCAAAUGGGAUGUGUUGUGCAUCUGGUAAGGUCCGCUUGGACUCUAUGCAGGACCCGCCAGACCUGUUAAGAGUCCUAUUAAAUGGCGAGCAUCCAAAGUCCAGCCAUUUUUUGAAAAACAUUCGAGCUUAUAAUAGCGCCUUCCAGUUUGGUGCAAAUCAAAUCGUUGAAGCAGGAUUCAUGCUAACAUUCAAGUGUUUGCUUCGCAAUGACUAUCAAUAA